AUGGCAUCUCGCAAGGAUACUCACGACAUGGGGUUCAUAAUAAUGCCAAGUCUUCAGAUGGACUGGGAGCUUACGGGCAACAAGGCCAGCCUCGAGGGAAUCGUCACUGCCGCCAAUAGCCUGGCUUCGCGGUUUGAUGCUCGUGUCGGGGCUAUCCGAAGCUGGGACCGCAUGAAGAGCCACCGACAUUGGGUCGAAGACAAUGAAAACAACUUUUUGGUCAUCAUUGACAGCAUGUGCAACAUGAACCUUCUCUUCUACGCGGGCUAUCAUUCUGGGAACCAAAAGCUGAUCAACAUCGCGACAACCCAUGCCCAUACGGUACUUCGUACAAUUGUGCGAGGUGACUUUUCGACAUUCCAUGUGUGCAAUCUGGACCCGAAAACCGGGAAAAUGAAGCACAACCAGACUCAUCAGGGCUAUUCUGAUAACUCAACAUGGAGCAGGGGACAGGCAUGGGCAAUUCUAGGCUUCGCUCAAACCUACUGGUGGACCAAAGAUCGCAUUUUCUUGGAAGCGGCCACUCAGCUCUCGACAUAUUUCAUCCGGCGCUUGCUAGAAGGGUCGCACAGUCACCCAUAUGUUCCAUUGUGGGAUUUUGAUGCCCCCUUCGAAGAUGGAAAUGUUCCCGCGCGAGACACAUCGGCUGCCAUGAUCGCUGCAAAUGGAUUCCUUUUGUUACAUCGGGCGUUGGGAGGCGAGUCUAUUUUUCUCCAAAUGGCCCUUCGAAUUGCAGAAGAUGUAGCUGCUCAUUCCUUGUCUCCCCAAUCAGCAACUCUUCACGUCAACGGUAGCGGCAAGAUCGUCGCACAGGGGACAGGAUGGGACUCUAUUCUCAUGAAUGCCACUGCGAACAAGAAUGAGCAUGCUCUUAUGGUUUACGGCGACCAUGGACUGGUCUACGCUGAUUACUACUUCCUGGAAUUUGGAAACAGCCUAAUGCGAAUUGGAGUAUUGUGA